UCUCUGGGCACUCGGCUCUUAGCGUUGAAGGAAGCAGUUGCUAACAAGUCAGUCUGAUAAAAAUAACGUCUAAAACAGGGGGAUGCAGAGUCUACUGGUUUGUUUUGGAUGCUUCUAACCUUAUGUAAACAGGCGAAGCACACUCUCUUUGGACCCUGCUGUGGAUGAGAAGUCAUUUUGUCGACUCGUCUGUCCGCCGCCAUCGAGCUCAUGGACAUGGUCACGUCUCAGGCUAGUCCUGUCGCCAUAGCUAUGGAUUGAACUAAGGAGUUUUGCUUGCGGAGACAGAGGGAAGGUGUGGCUCGUGGUCUGCAGAGAGGAAGGCAGAGGAAGAUCAAAAGAGCAGCCAGCUCUGAACACGAAGGAUUGUGGAACGUGUGAUUUGGGUGUCGCCUGCCCUCCAGCCUCUGGGGGCUGUAAUGAGUCCAUAAUGCUUUGGUGCAAAGAAGACACAGUGGAGAACUCACCUUGACAAGCAGCACACAGACAGCAUCUAAUCCCUGCAGUCAUGUGCACAACACACAGCUGGUGGAUCGCGUCCUGCCGAGGAGCUCAUAUUCUCAGGUGCUGCAGGGAUGUGGAUGGAAACCAAAGCAGAGGUGGAGGAGGCCAGGAGGAGUCGAGCCAGCUCCAGACGUCGUGUGUUGAACAGUUUGCUCUUGUGCACUGGAGACAUGGAGCACUUGGAUAAGUACAUGCAGGACAAGUGGUUUGUGCUGCAGCUGGCCGUGUGGGGCCUCAGAGGGGUGACCAGAGUGAUUCUAGCCAACAACCCGCUGAGUGGGGCUCUCAUCCUGGCUGCGCUGUACUGGGCUUCCCCCUGGCAGGGCCUGCUGGGAACUGUGGGCGUACUGGCCUCUACACUGACAGCUGUCAUCAUGGGCCAAGACAGUGCCGAGGUGACAGGAGGCCUUCAUGGUUUUAACGGCAUGCUGGUGUCUCUGCUGAUGGGAGUGUUUAGCUCGGCUGGAGACUGGUACUGGUGGCUGCUGCUUCCUGUUCUUCUGGGCUCAGCUACAUGUGUCUUUCUGUUCAGUGGACUCUCCUCACUGUUAGACCGCUGGGACCUGCCGGCCGCUGUGUUUCCCUUCAACAUCAUCAUCAUCCUCUACCUCCUCUCUACUGGCCCAAACAACCCUUACUUCCCACACCACUCAGCUACACCACCCGGGGCACUGGAGCCCAACGGCACAGAGAUUGUUGUUUUACAGGUGAUUCGUGGCAUCCCUCUCGGCGUGGGUCAGAUCUUCGCCUGUGGAGCCCUCGGGCCCUCCCUCCUCAUCCUGGGAGCCGUUCUGCUCUACUCCCCCCUGCUGGCCGUCCACGCUGUGCUGGGAUCAGCUGUGGGAACGUUGGCUGGUUUAUCUAUGGCAGUGCGUCAUGGGUCUCUGUACUCAGGUCUGUCGGGGUUUAAUGGAGCUCUGGGCUGCAUGAAUGUCGGAGGACUCUUCUUCACCUUCAGCUGGAGGACUCACCUCUUAGCCAUCGCCAGCGCCUUCCUCUCUGCAUACGUUGACAUCGCUCUGAGCAAUCUGAUGGGAACUGUGGGUCUCCCAGCAUGCAGUUGGGCAGCUACUCUGACAGCCACGCUGAUGUUGCUGUUGACCGGCAGCUUAGCGGCGUACCGCAUCCCUACUGGUCAAGUGAUGGCGCCUGAACGCAACCUGCGCUCCUGCAGCCAAUGGGAAGCUGGAAACACCACAGACAGGGAGAGCACAGAUGUAUAGUGUGAGGACGCUCAGAGUACUGCAUCAGUACUGUAACUACUGAUUUAGGUGGAGUAGACCAAACAUAUACAGUUAAGCCUAAAUUAUUCAUACCAAAUGUUGAUUUACAGUGAAUUUCUAUUUGAUGAAUAGCUUUCUGACAUGAACAAGCGACAAAGGCUAAUAAGAUAUUGUUGUAGAGGUGGUAAUGAUACUUCAGGCCAAGUUUUAUUCUGCCGAAUUUUCUUCCUAAAUCUUAAUUUAGUUGUCUUUUUCUCAUGAUGUAUUUUUUUUACCUCCCAUCAGUUACCAGCCUCAGCCUGUUUAUGCCCCUGGACCACCGGGGCUGAACCCUCCCUGGGUCGCUUCCAGCACCCAGCCUCCUCUUGUCCCACUUCUGCCGACCCUCUUGGAGCCCCCUCUCUUAAAGGAAGACUUCUACAUACAGGACAAAGUUACAUCUAAACUGAAUUUACUAAGGGCUUCCGCAAAGAGCUUAUGAAGUAUAGAAAUGCACCAAAGAGCCGAAGACCAUCUUACUCCAGGUCUCGAUCAUACAGCCGCUCGCUCUCCUUUCUCUUGUUCUAGAUCGAGAUCAAUGUCAAGAUCUAGAUCACGAUCAAGAUCCAGGUCUUAUUCUUCGAGGUUGGAGGUUACCUUGCCCAUCGCAUGAAAAACACGUCCAAAGCAUCACAUUCCCACCAUGACGGUUAACUGUAAGGGUGAUGUUCUUGGGAUUGAAUACUUCUCCUUUGUUUCUCUGUGUCCAAACAACUUAAUUUUCACCUCAUCUGACCAUGGAAUUGAUGACCACAAGCUUUCUUCUUUGUCCAAGUGAGCUUUUCUGUGCCUGUCUUGGAGAAAUGGAGUCACAAUAGUUGCCAGAUUUCUUCAGAAUCAUCAGGAUGGUCUUGGUGGUGGUCUUUGGAUUGUUCUUGACGUCUAGCGCUACCAUUCUUCCCAGUGCAGGAGUCACAUCUGCCUCAUACCAUGACCUUGGAGAUUGUGUUUUCAUAGUGUGGGAAAUCCUUGUACUAUUUGAUCACUUUGCACUGCGGCCACUGGAACUUGAAGACACUUGGUUACAAUGUUAUAGCAUCUCUUCAUCUAGUUAUCAGCCUCAGUGUCCAGAUCUCUUUCAAUGAUGAACCUAAAGAGCAAACUCACUAAACUUUUUAGCCAGAACUUGCAGUUGAGUAAUAACUGACUACAUGCUGCAUCACCUUUUUUAGUUAAAAGUGUAUUCAAUAGCUUUAGAACAUGGAAGGAAAUACCAGGAUUAUUUGGAAUAGUAUAGAAGCUGUAUUUUCUCAGAGAUCUGUCACAAUUUACAGAGGUAUGAAUAAUUAUUACUUGGUAUUUUUUGUAAAAAUGUAAAAAGUUCAAUUUCACCUUCAAAAUGUCUCACAUAAUGUCUUACCAUCCUUAGUCACUUCUUUAGGCCAAAAAUAAACCUAUGGUCAAAUAAUAAUUUACUAUAAAUCAAAAUUUUGCUUUGAUACAAAUCUUUUGGCCUUAACUUUACAUUUUUUAUUAUGAAUAUUUAUAUAUAUUUUAUAGAUAAAACACUCGUUUUUGACCAUAUUGUCACUAAUGACUGUUAAAAGGUUUAAGGGAGACCUCACAUCAUAUCACCACAUCCACCUCAUAUCCUCCAUGAAAUGCUUAAAACUUUUAUAUAAGCCUUUGCCACCCUGUACUAGUUUUUCCUCACAAUAAUUAGAUGUGAUCAUAUGACAUAAAUAUUAUCCAAAAAGCACAGGCAACUUAAAGGGAAAGAAAACUUCUUUUAAUAAGCAUGAAAAUCAACAAGUCAGUUCAAUAAAAUCAUUGUUUUUAAAAUGAUGUUUUUUUUUUUUUUUUUUUUAAAUUACACUUUUACUGUUAUUGUCAAUAAAAACACAGACUGACUUCUACAGUAA